UCGGCACCUGGCUCCGAUAUUAGCCGCUGCGCCUCUCCGACGGUCCUCUGACGUCUCUCAUACCACCAUCUCUCCCGCCCAAAGAAAGGAUAAAUCGUGGUGGUUUCUCGCAGCCGUCCACCAUCACCGCGGCUCUCAAGCCCAUCGCAAAACCUAGGCUGGUUCUCCUCUCCCAUCCAGUAUAGGGUUUAAGCCUCGCUAUCCCACGAGCUGUUAGCGACUCGGGCCCCAUUGUUGCAGAAGCCUGAAGUUUUCAGAUACUAUAAAAUUUUGGACAAAUAAAGAGAAAAGGGAAGUGGCAAUUUAGAGAACAAUGAGCACUUGCUAAAAUGGACGCUUGCUUACAAUUGGUGAAAUCAUGGCAAAUGUUAGGGAUAGAACUGAAGAUUUCAAGGAUGUUGUCCGUGCUGGGGCUCUUUCUCUUGGAUAUAGUGAGUCUAAGCUGGCUGCAAUCUUGGCAUCCUUUAUCAUGCACAAACCACCCCAAGGGUCGCUAUUUACAAAAGCUGCACUCAAGACGCUCAAAAGCAUCAUAGAAUUGGAACAUUUUAUUGUAAAGCCUCGGAAAGAUUAUGUGGAUUUGCAUCGCAUUACAGAACAAGAAAGGGACAACAUUGAGCAUGAAGUUGGUUUUUUUGUAAAAGCAUGCAAGGACCAGAUAGAUAUUCUUAAGAAUAGAAUACAUGAUGAAGAGAAGAAUGGAAAUUCAAAGACAUGGCUUCACAUACGGGAUGAUACUUAUGCUGAUAUGGUAGCGCACAAGCAUGGUGUGAUUUUGAUUCUGAGCGAGCAGCUCCACUCAGUCACUACUCAGUUUGACCGGCUUAGAUCUAUGCGCUUUCAGGAUGCUAUUAAUAGAGCAAUGCCAAAAAGAAAGAUGCAUAGGAUACCUGACUCUAAAUCUUUUGAAGCCUCUAAACCGGAGUUUACAGAGCUUGGAGAGCAAGUUUUACCUUCAGGGCCCAUGAAAGUCCAGGAUCAACUUCUGGAUGAUGAAACGCGAGCUCUUCAGGUUGAGUUGACAAGUCUUCUUGAUGCUGUUCAAGAAACAGAAACUAAUAUGGUGGAGAUGCCAGCAUUGAAUCAUCUCAUGUCAACCCAUGUUCUAUAGGAGACUCAGCAGAUUGCGCAUUUGUAUGAACAGGCAAUUGAAGCUACAAAAAAUGUGGAGCAAGGUAACAAGGAACUAUCUCAAGCAAUCCCGCGAAAUAGCAGCGGCAGAACUUUUCUUUUGCUCUUUUUAUUUGUCCUUACCUUCUCCAUUCUCUUUCUAGACUGGUAUAACUGAGUUAAAGAUGUAAUUUUCCGAUCCUUUAUUCUUGAUGCUCACAUGGCAUGGGAUAAUUUAAAGCAGUAAACCAAGUAAACAAAUUUACUCUGAUAGUAGACCUAAGCUUGAAUAGGAAAUGGAUGGCGACCAAUUUAAAGUAGUUUCAGACAGGUUGAUGUGGUUGGGUAGCUGUCUAGAAGACAGCUGCAAACUAAUGAAAAACGAGC